CUCUCUAACAAAAAAAUGCAAAUGCAAGUGAUCUUCGUUCUCCUCAUUCUCUCUUUCUCCUUACAAUGCGUCCUCUCUGAUGUUGAUCCUGAUCCUGCUGUGAAGCCUGAAGAUGUAAACGAUGUCCUAAAUGCUUCUGAGUUCAACUCGUCUAGAUCUACCUUCGCUACCAUGAUCGAUAAAGCUCUCGAAAAGGAGUUCAACGAGACUGACGACAAGACAGAUGUAACUGAUCACAGAAGCUUCAACAAUAGCGUGGCGGAGCAAGAGGCAGUUUUGGAAACUGUUGCAAGGGUCAAGCCCAAGAAGAAUGAGACAAAGGAGGAAAAGUCAUUCCAGUUGCAUGAUGUUUUCCACUUGGAGAAUGACAAUGGAGCUGAAGAUACACCUACCUUGAUAGAUCGAAAGGAUAAUGUCUUCAUCAUGUCUAAUCGCAAGUCGAAGUUUCCAGUGCUGCAGCUAGACUUAAGAUUGAUAUCCGAUCUUGUUGUUGUCAUUGUUUCUGCAACUUGCGGUGGGAUUGCCUUUGCUUGUGCUGGACAACCGGUUUUCACAGGAUAUUUGCUAGCAGGAUCUGUAAUUGGACCUGGGGGUUUUAACUUUGUCAGCGAAAUGGUGCAGGUGGAAACAGUUGCUCAGUUUGGCGUUAUUUUUCUUCUGUUUGCAUUGGGUUUGGAGUUCUCCACGGCGAAGCUUCGCAUUGUUCGAGCUGUUGCGGUGCUAGGAGGGUUACUCCAAAUAUUUCUCUUUAUGUGUUUGUCUGGUAUAACAGCCUCGUUAUGCGGUGGGGAAGCAUCUGAAGGUGUUUUUGUCGGCGUUUUCUUAUCAAUGUCUUCGACAGCAGUGGUGUUGAAAUUUUUGAUGGAAAGAAAUAGUGUUAACACCCUCUAUGGGCAAGUCACUAUUGGAACUCUUAUUCUGCAGGAUUGCACUGUUGGUUUGCUAUUUGCACUGCUUCCUAUUCUUGGCGGUACUUCUGGUGCACUUCAAGGAAUGUUUUCCAUGGCAAAAUUAUUGGUUGUUCUGGUCAUAUUCUUGACCAUUUUGUCAGUAUUAUGUCGCACCUGUGUACCUUGGUUUCUUAGGUUAAUGAUAGGCCUAUCUUCACAGACUAAUGAACUGUAUCAACUUGCAUCUGUAGCUUUCUGCUUGCUUGUUGCUUGGUGUAGUGAUAAACUAGGAUUGAGUCUUGAGCUGGGUUCUUUUGCUGCCGGAGUAAUGAUAUCAACAACCGAUCUGGCUCAACAUACACUUGAACAGGUUGAACCUAUACGGAACUUCUUUGCUGCUCUUUUUCUAGCUAGCAUUGGAAUGCUUAUCCAUGUUCAUUUUCUUUGGAAUCACAUCGAUAUCUUAGUAGCAGCUGUUAUAUUGGUCAUUGUUAUAAAAACUAUAGUAGUUGCGGCAGUUGUCAAGGGUUUUGGCUACACCAAUAAGGCUGCAAUUCUUGUUGGAAUGUCUCUGGCUCAAAUAGGAGAGUUUGCUUUUGUUCUUCUUAGCCGUGCUUCAAAUCUGCAUCUAAUUGAGGGUAAAGUGUAUAUGUUGCUUCUGGGCACUACUGCACUUAGCUUGGUGACCACGCCUUUGCUUUUCAAGCUAAUUCCUGCUGUUGUGCAUCUUGGAGUACUACUGCGGUGGUUCUCGCCUGAAAUUCCAAAUGAGAUUGGACCCAAAGGAGAUAUCCUACGCGCAGACAGUUCUAAGCGCAUCAGUGUACUGAUCCAAGGAUCCCGUGAUUCAUGAUAGUUGCAUAAAAAAAAAGCAACAGCAAAAGAAAAUCACACAAGAGAGCAAAGGAGGUUGACUGAGUGGACAGUUUAUAAUCAUGAAGCUCUUAUGCACCAAUG